AUGCGGCAAAUUUCAAAAAUCACACCAUACAUCUUUAUCUAUACUUCAACAAUGGAGCAACAUUUCAUUUUUAAUAUAAGAAUCAUAUGUUUUUUAAAUGCCUUCAUUUUGGUGGUGUUCAGCAUUGCUUCUUGUUCUCAAGAUUGUCUUAAUGGAGCAGUUUGCACAAAGACAGGAGUUUGUGACUGUGAGACAUUUCAGGCACAGGGGCAGCGCUGCCAAAUCAUUCCAAAUACUGGCAAAGACAGAGGUGGUAUUUGCAAAUCAUGGGGACAAUACCACUUUGAAACAUUUGAUGGCAUCUACUACUACUUCCCAGGAAACUGCUCCUACAUUUUUGUGAAAGAUUGCAGUGAUCCAGAACCUCAGUACACUGUGUGGAUUAAUAAUAGCCCUCACUGUGCUGGUUCAGUGUAUUCUUGUUCACGGUCAAUAAGCUUGUUCUUUUCAAAUCAAGAUGAAAUACACAUAUUGGGACAUGAAGUUAGAAAGGGUGGAGUCAGGUUGUCUUUGCCCCAAACAAUUGGAAAUAUUUUCAUUGAAAAAUUAGCAAACUAUAUUUUGGUGAAAACUACAUUUGGCUUUUCCUUAGCUUGGGAUGGAAACUCUGGGAUUUACAUUAAAUUGACAGAAGAACACAAGGGAAAAACAUGUGGUCUCUGCGGAAAUUAUAAUAACAACACAUUGGAUGAUCUCAUAUUACAAAGUAGUGACUAUAAAGAAGAUGUAGCUAAAUUUGCUAACAGCUGGACUGUACAAAUCCCAGAUGAUGCAACCUGUGUAGCUAUUGCAUCUAGUUUUCCUAGUCCUUGCAACAUUGAUACAGAAUCUUAUGAGAGUAUCUAUUUCAAGUGCCAAAUACUCCUGCAGUUUCCUUUUCUAAGUUGUCAUCAGAGCAUAGAUCCUUAUUCCUACAUUUCCAGCUGUAUGAAUGACUUAUGUAGAAAGGAUGAUGAUGAAACCUAUUGCCGAGCAGUAACAGAAUAUGCUCGCUCAUGUUCACAUGCAGGCUAUCCUAUUAGAGAUUGGAGAGAUGAUUUUCCAUCCUGUACUGACAAUUGUGAAGAUACUUUUAUCCAUCGGGAUUGUAUUAGUUGUUGUCCACCAACCUGUACUUUUGAGAAAGACUGUCUAGGUAGUAACCUCCAUUGCUUAGAUGGAUGCUAUUGCCCAGAUGGCCUUAUAAUGAACAAUGGAACUUGUAUUUCUGCAUCAGAUUGCCCAUGUGUUUAUCAUGGGACAGCUUUCCCUGUAGGUUCAACAAUUGAACAAGAAUGUAGUAACUGCAUUUGUAUGGGUGGCAUUUGGAACUGCACUGAACAUGAUUGCCCAGCUGAAUGUUCAAUUGUUGAUGAAUCCCAUUUCACAACUUUUGAUGGUCGCCAUUAUACCUUUCUUGGGAGCUGUCAGUAUAUUUUGGUAAAAGGCACUGGGAAAGAUAAAUUCACACUUACUUUACAGAAAAGUCUCUGUGAACAGAGCAUUGAUUAUGACUGCAUUCAGUCUUUGACGCUAAUUUUUGAAGAUGACAUAAGCAAGCAAGUGACUCUCAUCCGGGGUGGUGAAAUACAGUACGGUUCCUUCAGCCAGGGAUUCACCCUAAAUGGAUAUGUGGAAGUACAGAACCUGUCUUCAUUGUUUGUGCAGCUAAAAACUAAAUUUGGUUUAAAAAUCCAGUUUGCUAAAGAUGGCAAAAGAGUGUAUAUUCAACUCAGAGCUGAGUGGAAGAGCAGAACUAUGGGUCUCUGCGGAACCUAUAAUGGAAAUCUGAGAGACGAUUUUCUGUCAGUGGAAUGGGACUAUGUUGAUAUAUUGGGAUUUGCAUAUGCAUCCCAUUGUGAUCUCAUCAAUCAAGAACUCUUUGCUCCAUGUCACAUAUACAUCAGUCCAGAUUUAUAUUAUCAGCUAUGUCGCUUUGAUGCUUGUAAAUGUGGGAGAAGUUGCUUGUGCAAUGCAUUUGCACACUAUGCUUAUAUUUGCAGCAAACAUGGGAUUACUAUAGAUUUCAGAUCUCAUGUUUCAUACUGUGCAUUAGCAUGCAGAAGUGGAAUGCUGUAUCACCCAUGUUCCUCCUUCUGUGAACACUCCUGUUCUUCCCUUUCUCUUGUGGACGCUUGUGAUAAUGACUGCGCUGAAGGCUGUAACUGCCCUGAAGGAAAAUACUUCGAAGAAUCUAUUAAUUUUUGCGUGCCAAUGCCUAGCUGUCGAUGUUAUUAUAAAGGCAGAAGUUUUCAGCCUGGAGAAAUUUUGCCCACACCAUCGGGAUCAUGCCAAUGUCUAAAUGGAACAAUGAAAUGCAAUGAAGCAGCAGCUGACCCAGCAGUGCAUUCAUGUCCUGAUGGAAAGAUCUACUAUGACUGCCAAUCGCAUGUACCUGGCUUGCCAUCAGCUGGAAUAAACUGUGAACUAACAUGUAUAAAUAUUGCUAUGAACUUUACCUGUACACCUUCUCCACCAUGUUUGAACGGUUGCAUUUGUCCCCCUGGGAUGGCAGAGCAUAAAGGAAAAUGUUAUGUGCCUGAUAGUUGUCCAUGCAUGUGGAAGGAUUGGGAAUAUAUGUCAGGUGAAGUGAUUGCUACCCCUUGUUAUACAUGUAUUUGCCGACGUGGGAUAUUUAAUUGUACAUACUAUCCUUGUCCUGCUGUAUGUACAGUUUAUGGAGAUCGGCAUUAUUAUACUUUUGAUGGACUAGAAUAUGACUAUGUGAGUGACUGUCAAAUUUUUUUGAUGAAGAGUGUUGACAGUUCAAACUUGUCUCUAAUUGUUCAAAAUAAGAAGUGCUUCGAUAAUGACAUUGUUUGUUCAAAAGAUAUAUUGCUAACUAUUGGAGAAUCUGAGAUUUUUUUCAGUGAGUCUCUAGACAUAGAGGGGAUGCUAAGGAGACAUGGAGACAAAUCCAAGUAUCAACUUUGGAAAGCUGGAGGUUAUGUAGCAAUACAUUUUCCAGAGGAAGAGUUCACGGUACUGUGGGACAGGAAGACAACAAUGCAUAUCAAAGUUGGAGCUCGAUGGAAGGGUAAAUUAGCUGGUUUAUGUGGAAAUUUUGACAAAUUUACUUCAAAUGAUCUGACUACAUCCAACAAUAUGGAAGUAAAAAAUGCUCAAAUUUUUGGAGAAAGUUGGACAAUAGGACAGUGUGCAAGUCCAAAUGAGACCAACAAACAAUGUGAAGUUCAUCAGAGCAAGUUCCCCUAUGCCAAAAAAGAAUGUUCCAUUUUAUAUAGUGAUAUUUUUGCCUCUUGCCGUAAUGUGAUCGAUGUAACAUCAUUUGUAAAAAACUGUCAUACAGAUACGUGCAACUGUAAUCUUGGUGGGGACUGUGAAUGUCUCUGCACUAGCAUUUCAGCUUACGCUCACAAAUGUUGCCAGCAGGGUGCAGUAAUUCACUGGCGAUCUCCUUCUCUCUGUCCUUACGAUUGUGAUUAUUACAACCAAGAACUUGGGAAAGGGCCUUAUAUUUUGGCCAGUUAUGGACAGAAUGAUACAGUUAUAGGAAUCAAUGUUAACAGCAAAAAGAUCUUUCCUUUAUUUAGAAACAAUCUCCAUGAAAAAGUAUAUUAUAAUUUUAUGCUAACUCCUGGACUUUACAAAGAUAAAAUUUUAUCUUCAUCUUUGAUUUCACUUGAGUGUGCAGAAAGGCCAAACUACUUUCUUUAUGUACACAAUGACAACAGCAUUUUCUUAGCACAGUGGGAUGCAAGUUUGCCAUUUCGUAGAAGAACGACUUUUAUCCAUCACCAAGGACUUUGGAUCUCUAGUUAUAGUACAUUUGAACUGCACAGCAAAAGAGGUUUCUUCCUUACACUUAGCACUUCGGCAGUGAAAAUCUCAAAGUUUGAUGGUUCUGAAGAAUUCAAAAGUUUAAGUAGCUUCAGUAUUGAGGAACUCCAUUCAGCAAUACCCUACAGGAGGAUGUGUGAAUGGAGAUAUGAACCUUGCACAAGUCCUUGUGUUAAAACAUGCAAAGAUCCUGAAGGAACAGCAUGCAAAUUUCUUCCACCGGUUGAAGGAUGCUUACCAUAUUGUCCAAAAACUAUGAUCCUAGAUGAAGUCACACUUAAAUGUGUUUAUCCAGAAGACUGUAAGUGUCCUUUAUAUAAUACUGAGCCAACCUAUCCUGAUGAUUUUGGUAUACAAAAUAUGUCAUCAUAUGUAAAUGACUCAAUUUUUUCCCCCAUCAUGGAAAAGCCAAGAUACCUUGAUCCUAUAGACAAAUGUAGCCAGUUCGUCUGCAUUAACAUGGAAUGGAUGCUGUACAAUCUUUCAAGGAACUGCCAUAAGAAUGUGGAGAAACCUGACUGUGGUUUUCGAGGAAUGCCAGUUCAGAAGAACAGCGACAGCUGCUGUCCUGAAUGGGAAUGUCCUUGUCAGUGUUCUAUCCUCUCUGAACUGAGUAUCAUUACAUUUGAUGGAAAUAACGUAGCACUAUAUAAAGUAGCAUCCUAUAUUUUAGUCAAGUUACCCACAGAAAUUAUUGUGGCUCACAUUGAAAAGUGCCCAGCUAAUCAGAGUGCAAAUUCAAUAAGAAAACUAGUCCCAGCAGGAAGUGCUUCUGGUCUUUGCUUUAAGAAACUUAAUGUAACAAUACCACCAUAUGCAGUACUUAUUAACCGCUUAGCAAGAAAGGUAAUUGUGAAUUCUAUAAUCCAACCUUUGCCUUUCUUGCAAGAUGGCGUAUGUAUUCAAGACACUGGAGCAAUGUAUGUAAUCAAUACACCAGCUGGAAUCAAUAUUAAAUGGGCUCAUGUUACAGGCAUUAUGGACAUCCAGUAUGGCUUUAACUCUAAUGUAUCUACAAAGACAGAAGGGCUUUGUG